AUGCGAGUCUUUCAACAGGCACCCUUCGAAGCGGUUGAGAACAACAAAGGGUUUUGUGGUAACAUAACGGGUUUGAAAGAUUGCCCGCGAACACAUAACGAGAACACAAAAUACAAUCAAGGCCUCAUGAUUUUGAUCCUAGUUCCUACCAUAUGCUUAGUCUUGAUCUUGAUUAUGAUUGUCGGGAUCUUGAUCUUCCUUCGAAGAACAAAAAAGAAAGAAACCGAACCACCAAAGCCCGUAAACCACCCUCCUUUCGCCAUUUGGAGCUAUGAUGGGAAAAUGAUGUAUGAAACUAUCAUUGAUGCGGUCGAUGAUUUCGACUCCAAGCAUGUAAUAGAGGUGGGGGGUUGUGGGACUGUUUAUCGGGCCGAAUUACCAACGGGUGAAUCCGUUGCCAUUAAAAAGUUCAACACUCAAGAACCCGACGAGUGGGUGGAUUUUAAAAGUUUUGAAAAUGAGGUCCGUGCAUUGACAGGAACCCGACGUCAUAACAUCGUGAAACUUUAUGGCUUUUGUGCACAUCCGCGACACGCGUUUUUGGUCUACGAGUUUAUAGAUGGCGGAAGUUUAAGAAAUUUGCUUAACGAUGCCGAAAAGAUGAAAGAAUUAGAUUGGUGUAAGAGAGCUAAUGUUAUUAAAGGGGUUGCAGAUGCUUUAUCUUAUUUGCACCAUGAUUGUUUAGAACCUAUUGUUCAUCGCGACUUAUCGAGUAGUAACGUUUUGUUGGUUUGUAGAACUCGCGUAUUCGUUGGUAGUGAAUGA